AUGGGGCCCCUGGGCAAUAGGGAUCAUGGGGCCCCUGUGUCCUUGCCCAAACUCAAAAAAGCCAAUGAAAAAGGUACCAGGGGUAUCUUCUGAAAAUAAAUAGGUCACGUGAAAAUAAAGAAUAUAAAUACCUUUUUUUGUUUCUAAAAAGUUUGGUAAAGUGAUGUAGUGUACCCACCAGGGGCGGACUGACAACUCAUGGGGCCCCCGGGCAAUAGGGGAUCAUGGGGCCCCUGUGUCCUUGCCCACACUCAAAAAAAGCCUACAAAAGGUAGCAGGGGCAUUUCACGGGGCCCCCUACUGACCCCGGGCCCUCGGGCAGUGCCCGAGUUCUCGAAUGGUCAGUCCGCCCCUGGUACCUACUCCACA